AUGUUGACGGAUGUGAGCAGCAUGAAAUGUUUCCAUGGCGUCGCGAAUCAUGCAUGGCGACAGUCAUGCAUGCGCCAAAGUUUGCAAUUUCCAAAUCUGGGCCUGCCAAUUCCCAGACGACGUCGUUGCGGGACUGGCACAUGCCGUCACGACACUUUUACUUUUAACCUCGCAGACGCUGCAAUGCCGCUGGCCCUGAGGCGGGUAUGCAAUAUGCAAGGGGCUGCCCUUGUGGUUGUAGUGGUGGUAGUAAUAGUAGUAGUAGUAGUAGUAGUAAGUAAUUGUGGUCAGCACACGGCAGGCGUGGCUGCGCUUGCCAUCUUCUUCUUCGUCUGCUUCUUUUUCUCCUUGCUCCUCCUCCGCAGCGGGCUACGAGUCGUCGAGAGCGACCAGGGUGCCAUGUGCCAAUGGUGUGCAUCCGCGAGCCGAGCCAGGGUAGCAUUCAUUGCUCAGGAGGGUGGUCCAGGCGCGAGAGGUGAAGAAGCUAUGGCGUGA